CGUAUAUGGAGUAGUACCUACGUCCAUUCCUGUAUAUAUUUAGGCGCCUCCUCUCCUCCCUUCUCGCAACAAUCAUUGCUUCCCCGAGAGAUUUUCUCUCCCUCUAGUCCCCUGUUCUUCUCUCUCAAGUCUCCUUUACUCUCUCUCUCUCUCUCUCUCUCUCUCUAUACCGAUUGAUCCUGGUCCGAACCCAAUCCGUAAGUCGAUCCAACUACGCUUGUAAUCGUGUUUUAUGCAUCGCAAUUUAAAUUCUGUGCUGAUUGAAGUCGUUUGCUAUCUGGAUUCUGUAAAUAGAGGCUUCUCUAAUAUGGCUGAAUAUACCCCAAAGAACAUCCUUAUUACUGGGGCUGCUGGAUUCAUUGCAUCUCAUGUUGCUAACCGGCUUAUCCGGAACUAUCCUGACUACAAGAUUGUCGUGCUCGACAAACUCGAUUACUGUUCAAAUCUCAAGAAUUUACUUCCUGCUCGAUCAUCUCCCAACUUCAAGUUUGUUAAGGGGGACAUUGCAAGUGCUGACCUCGUCAACUUCCUCCUCAUCACUGAAUCUAUCGACACAAUAAUGCACUUUGCAGCCCAAACCCAUGUCGAUAACUCCUUUGGUAACAGCUUUGAGUUUACCAAAAACAACAUUUAUGGAACCCAUGUUCUUCUAGAAGCAUGCAAAGUCACUGGCCAAAUUAGAAGGUUCAUCCAUGUGAGCACUGACGAGGUCUAUGGAGAGACUGAUGAAGAUGCUGUGGUGGGAAACCAUGAAGCUUCCCAACUCCUUCCUACUAAUCCCUACUCCGCAACAAAAGCUGGUGCAGAAAUGCUUGUUAUGGCCUAUGGGAGAUCGUAUGGGUUACCUGUGAUAACGACCCGUGGAAACAAUGUUUAUGGCCCAAAUCAAUUUCCUGAGAAACUAAUCCCGAAGUUUAUCCUCUUAGCCAUGCAAGGGAAGGUUCUUCCGAUUCACGGGGAUGGUUCUAAUGUCAGGAGCUAUCUGUACUGCGAGGAUGUUGCCGAGGCAUUUGAAGUCAUUCUUCACAAAGGAGAAGUUGGUCAUGUCUACAAUAUAGGGACGAAAAAGGAAAGGAGAGUAAUUGAUGUAGCCACGGAUGUAUGCAAACUUUUCUCUAUGGAUCCAGAAACGAGCAUUAAGUUUGUGGAGAAUAGACCGUUUAAUGAUCAAAGGUAUUUUCUUGAUGACGAGAAGUUGAAGAACUUGGGGUGGUCGGAAAGGACUAGGUGGGAAGAAGGGUUGAAGAUAACCAUGGACUGGUAUAUAAAUAAUCCCGAUUGGUGGGGAGAUGUCUCUGGAGCAUUGCUUCCUCACCCUAGAACACUUAUGAUGCCCGGCGGAAUCGAAAGGCAUUUUGACGGAGCUGAAAAGUGCAAUGAUGGGUCCUCUCCAUAUUCAAGCGCAUCUCAAAAUCAGACCAAGAUGGUGGUACCGGUCUCCAAAAGCAGCGGCUCUCCUAGAAAACCGCCCUUGAAAUUCUUGAUUUAUGGAAGGACGGGGUGGCUUGGUGGUUUACUUGGGAAGAUAUGUGAGAAACAAGGAAUUGUUUACGAGUAUGGAAAGGGGCGUCUGGAGGAUCGGUCACUACUUUUGGCAGAUAUUCAGAGUGUUAAGCCCACCCAUGUUUUCAAUGCUGCCGGUGUGACUGGAAGGCCAAAUGUUGAUUGGUGCGAAACUCAUAAAACAGAAACAAUACGCGCUAAUGUUGCCGGUACCCUUACCUUGGCUGAUGUUUGCAGAGAGCAUGGACUUCUGAUGAUGAAUUUUGCUACUGGGUGCAUAUUUGAAUAUGAUGCUAAUCAUCCAGAGGGUUCUGGCAUUGGGUUCAAGGAGGAAGACACCCCCAAUUUCACCGGUUCUUUCUAUUCAAAGACGAAGGCCAUGGUUGAGGAGCUCUUGAAAGAAUAUGACAACGUGUGUACCCUCAGAGUCCGAAUGCCUAUAUCUUCAGACCUCAACAAUCCUCGCAACUUCAUUACCAAAAUUAGCCGUUAUAACAAAGUUGUCAACAUUCCAAACAGCAUGACCAUCUUGGAUGAGCUUCUGCCGAUCUCAGUCGAAAUGGCCAAACGUAACCUCAGGGGCAUAUGGAACUUUACAAACCCUGGUGUCGUGAGCCACAACGAGAUUCUGGAGAUGUACAAAGAAUACAUUGAUCCAGGCUUCAAGUGGGCCAACUUCACGCUAGAAGAGCAAGCCAAGGUGAUAGUCGCCCCGCGGAGCAACAAUGAGAUGGAUGCUUCUAAGUUGAAGAAAGAAUUCCCUGAAUUGCUUUCUAUCAAGGAGUCCUUGAUCAAGUAUGUGUUCGAACCCAACAAGAAAACCUCCGCGGCUUAAUCGUUUUCGUUAUACUGUUGACCUCUGGUAUGAUUGUCUGCAUUUCCACUUAGGCAAUAUGGUUUCCAUUUCAGUUUAGGUUAGUCUAUUUUCGUCGCUAUGCAUUGUUAUCGUUACCAUGAAUCAAGAGCGCGAUCUGGGAUGGCCCUAUAAGAUGUUUUGUGUUCAGGUUUUCUAGAUAGAGCUUUGAUUCCUUUAUACAAGGAUCCUAUGAAAUAGCUCUAUAGAAGUUCGUCGUCAUCCGCGACCUUGCUGUGGUGUAACUUUGGGUUAUCAUAUGAAUUUGUUUGUUGUUUAA